AUGUCCCGCAGUGGUUGUGGAGACAAGGUAUCCCAGAGCAUCGCUCGAAACAUCAGAGCACUGGGGUGUUCGCUUGACUUGCUUCAAGGCGAUGUCACUUCUAUCAGCGACGUCAGGCGGGCUUGUAGCCAGAUCUCAAUUCCCAUUGGUGUCAUUCAAGUUGAAUCCAUGUCCCACGCAGACUACCACGCUGCUUUGUCGAGCAAGGUGACGGGCAAAUCCAACCUACAUACAGUCUCCCUCGAAACAAAACAACCGAUGUCAUUCUUCACCAUGCUGUCUUCCAUUUCAGGCGUGAUAGGCCAGAAGGGACAAGCCAAUUAUGCUGGUGGAAAUGCACUUGAAGAUACCUUCGCAGAGUAUCGCCGCGCAUCAGGACUGCCCACUAUUAGCAUUGACCUUGGACCUAUAGAAGACGUCGGGGUCAUUCACGGUAACGAAGAGCUACAGAAUAGGUUUGACGGAAGCACUCUGCUUAGCAUCAAUGAGGGUUUGCUGCACCGAAUCUUCGACUUCUGUAUCCUUCAGCAGCAUGCAGAUCCACGUCACCGUCUGAACGUCAUCAGCCAGGGGGAAAAGAUUACAAGUCUACUUGUUCCCCAGUCUGAAACAGCGAUCUGCUCAGAGAUGUCCGCUUUAGGGGCUUGCGAGUUCUCGGAGCGGAUAGUCCACGUUCACGAGGGGAACCCAGCAAAGAUAGAAAGAUACAGAGCCUCUUGUUUCUGGCCGAAUCCCAGAACCCCGAUCCGUGCAGCCGUGUGGGCCGCAGCUAUCACGGUCGUGGGUGCGCGGUUGGCAAAGCAUGUACGCUUAACUGAUGCGCUAGACUCGGCACAUCCCUUGCCCUACUACGGGUUAGACUCACUGGCAGCUGUAGAGCUGCGGAACUGGGUGCGUAUGACAUUGGCGAUAGAGCUCACCACAUUGGAUGUAAUGAAUGCGGCCAGCUUAGGGGAAUUGUGUGAUAAGAUCGUCGAGAAAAUAGGAGUUAUCAUGUAG